CACGUUCAGAAGUGCAUCGUGUGUUGUGGUGUGACAAUCGAGUUGGGGAAGGACCGAAUAUCAGUGCCGGAAACUGCUCGUCAUGACGUCAUGACGGUGCGAUGAGCGAAGGUGGAGGAGAGGGACAGUUCGGGGGUGGAGGGGGUAGUUUCUCCUCUCAACCCCCGACCCCGUCCUCCACGGUGCCUGACCCCGGGGCGGACAAGAACUCCGGGCUGCCUCCCUUCAGCUCCUUCUCAGCAUCCGACAUCGCCGAGGGUCUCGGCUCGGAGACCCGUCUCUUGGACAUCUCCGGGUGGGACUACUACGGCGAGGGUCUGACCGGGCGACUCCUGGACCGCGGGGACGGGUUCCCCAUGAUCAUCCCUCAAGCUCAGUACCGCCCGUGGGAGAGCAAGCCGCAAGACUCGACGUCGCAGGAUAGCAUGAAGACUUCAGAGUACCCCACGUCGCCUUCUAACAAGCUGCCUUCUUUUCAAAGCCAGUUCAACGCCUUCCCGCAAGACUCCAACGGUGAGACGGUGACAUUGACCACGCUCACCCCCGCUCCGCCCUCGCCUUGCAACUCGUCCUCUGGCCUCCCUAGCUUCCACACGCUGUCCACGGUGAACGUGAACCCUCGAGGGUAUCCUCUAGUCCCCGCGCCAGUCCAGGCCCGGGAGAUACCCGCGAUACAACAACAGUUCCUGGACGAGCGUCACAUCCAUCUGUUCCAAGGAGCCCCUGGACAGUACCACCAGUACGUGACCGCCCCACAGGCCGCGCCACAGACCACGCUGCUGACCGUGGUGAAGAGUGAGCCGGUCAUAGUGACCGCCGUACAACCCGCCAUCUACCACAGCUCGGGGCUCGACGAGGGCCGCCACUCCCCGUUGGACUCGAGGAAGAAGGAAAGACGGAAAGUGCGCGCGUCGAGUUUGGAGAGCGAGAGCGACGGAGUCGGCAGCUCGAGCGUCGAGAGUUCCGGACAAGUCGCGGCGAUCUCGUCGACCGCCGGGUUCAAGAGUCCGCAGAUCUCACAUCCGAUGAUGGUCGGUCAGCAGAUGGACAUGGAGGACUGCGACAACAACGAGAAGCCGGUGAAGAAGAAGAGGAAGCGUUGCGGAGAGUGCAUCGGGUGUCAGAGGAAGGACAACUGUGGAGACUGCGCACCUUGCCGCAACGACAAGAGUCACCAGAUCUGCAAGAUGAGACGGUGCGAGAAACUAACGGAGAAGAAGCAUUUGUUGUACCUGAACCAUGACUACCCUCGUGGCGAGCGGGGGAGAGGGAGGGGGAAAUCUAGAGGAUCGACCACUCCCACUCCGCCAGUGAGAGACAUAAAACUGGAAUCUCCCGCCGCAGUUGGUAACCCUGCCUUAACACCUACAAUGCCCGGUUCUGUGAUGCCGUUCUACAGUAGUGUGCCGCAGGGUCAGAUGGUAGACCCGGCCGGGUUUGUGCCUCCCAUCAGGGAACAUCGAUUCCCCAAUGCCGUCUGGCACCAAACGCCGGCACCUCCGGACCCCAACACACCAAUCGCUGCUGCCCCGGGUGGUUGGACUCCUCAGGGUCAGUUUAUCCAGCAACUACCAAGUCAUCAGCUGGAGGACUUACGUUACCAUCAUCCGCAGUACAGUGUCACCACCUACCACCAGCCUGCCCCUGCGCCUGGUUACCAACAGCAGGGGACAGCGUUUGUACAAACGAAUGGCACUUACGCAACGCCAGUGGUCAACGGUACACUGGCACCUACGCCAGUCAGGAAUGGUGUUCUAAACGGCAUCGACUACCUGGACAACACACCCAGAUCUACGGAGUAUACAACUAUCAACGGCUCUUACACACAUGCAACGGAAGUAAGCAUGGCCCCACCGCCUUCAACAACUCCUAACAGCCGUUGUUCAUCUGUCCAACUCCCAGACGCCGGAGACAGCAAAACUCCCACCCCCUCCACUCCCACAACUCCCGGUCCGGGAAACGGGAUGCCUGGAUAUCCGCCCCACACCCCUCCCCAAACGCAACAGAGUUCACACAACUCUAGUGGGUAUCCAGGCCAAGAAAUAAAUUCUGCUAGCAGAAUUGGGGAGUCAAACAAUUCAAUUAGUACAAAUCAACAGUGGAACGAACCACAAAGUCAACAAGAAUAUGAUGGCCAAAGUUGGAACAACGACAGGCAAAUAAAAAGUGAACAGCAACAACAACAAUCUCUGCAACAGCAGCAGCAACAACAGCAACAACAGCAACAAUCUCUGCACCAACAACAUGUAGCUUGGAGCGAAAACGAAAGACAGUCCCACUCUAGUAUAUGGGGGGAUAGUGAAAGACUUGUUAAACAAGAGGAAAAAGAUACAGAAAAUGCUGUCAGGCAAGAAUCACUUUAUCAGCAAGACAGAGCACAUCUGAAUAAUAAGCUGAAGACCAUGAUUUUAAAUAAACAACAGCAAAAUCAGAACCAACAACAGAAUCAGAUUCAACAAACACAUCAGGAAUUGACCACUGGUGAUCAGCAACAUCAGAUUACCUAUCAUCAGCAACAAGUACAGGACAAUCAGUCAAACCAGCCACAGGACAGUAAUCAUCAUCAUGUUCAGCAACAAUUACAGCAACAUCAAGCUCAACAACAACAGCAUCAACAACAAAUACAGCAACAUCAAGCUCAACAACAACACCAACAACAAAUACAACAAGCACAUUUACAGCACCAGCAACAAAUACAGCAGCAACAGUAUCAACAGCAGAUUCAGCAGCAACAGCAACAACAACAGCAACAGCAACAGCAACAACAACAACAGCAACAACAAAAACAGCUACAAAAUCAACAUCAGGUACAGCAACAAUCAUCACAAAGCUCCCAUCAGUCCCAUCUAAUCACUUCAGUACCACAAAGUCCACAGCAGAAGCAAGCUCAACACUUUCAACAGCAAACGUUACACCACCAACAGCAAUCACAAAGCCAACUGCCAUCCCCUAGCUAUCAGCAAAGCCAACUCAACCAACAAAGCCAAAAUCAAAAGCUGCAACAAUUGCAAUACCAGCACAUGCAGCAUCAACAGAAACUGUUGCAGCAACAACAUCAUCUUCAACAGCUUCAGCAGCAACAAACGAAACAAUCUAGACAACAAACACCGUCUCCUUCAACUGUUCACCAACAGCAAUCACCGGUGCAUCAUCAGCAAUCUCAGCAGCAGCAUCAUCAGCAGAGUCUACACCAUCAGCAGAUGAUGCAGCAACAGCAGCAUUUGCAACAGUUGCAACAACAACAACUGCAGCAACAACAGCAGCAGAUGCAGCAUCAACAAUACCAACACCAGAUGUCCCCUCAGCAACAGAGGACCCCGAGCCGACAGUCAACGCCAGACAUGAGUCCACGACCAAGUCAAAGGCGAAACUCUGCUGAAGGUUUGAUGCUGAGUCCCAAUCAUGAAAGCCAAGGUGGUGUCAGAUAUAGAACUCCAACACCAGUCAGCUCCUCAGGAGAAACCAAAACUUCAUCUCAGGGUUCACAAACGCUGUCUUCAACCACACAAACACAAUUCGGAAAUGUCGAUAUGAAACCAAAUGUCCAACAAUUGCAGUUUGAUAAAUCCAAUUCUUCAACGGCGAAUUUUUUAGCGCUAGGCCACCAUCCUCAGAACUCAGUUACUGAGGGUGGUGGCGUUUGGGACUUUGAAAGUCCAAAAAAAGAACCAGAAAUUGGAUUAUCAGCAAUGGAGAAUUUUAUGAAGUUUGCAGCAUCUCUCAAUAGUGCCUCACAGCAUUUAAACAAAACACAUCCAAAACCAAAAUCACCCAAAAUGUCAUGGGAUCCUCAUCAAAAUGUGCAAAUAAAGCAAGAAAAAACUGAAGAGGAUGACAAAUCUUUUCAAAAAUCUCUGAAAGGUUGGCAGGAAAACCACGAUUGGAAUGUUGACCAGAAAACAAUAUUGUGGAAAUAUCCGUGGACGACAAAAACUGAGAGUUUGUGUAAUCAAUGGAAUGAAGACUUAAAACACCCUGUCUGUAGAGAAGUGAGGUACCCUUGGGAAGGGAAGGAAAAAUAUCAGAUCAAUGACAUCAAAAUAAAACCGGGAUACAUGAGAGUUCCUUUUGGUACUGACCCUAGACUUGACGAACCAAUCAAGAUUGAAUGUAACGGAGAAGUAAAACAAAAACCUGCGAGAUUUGUCUUCGAUGGUGAUGGAGGGCCUCAGUUCAAAGGAGGAACAGGUGCCUGGUGUUGUCGCAAAGGCGGGACUUCCGCCCCAACCCUUGAACAUCUCAAGGAGGGCGUAUGUCAAGGACAUCAUACUCAAACCUUGGAUGAAGUCUUGGAAGAAAAAGAUCCUGAAGUGAAGGAAGAGCCAUCUUCUGAACCCUCUACCCCUAUCAAGUCUGAAUUUAUAGAAAAGCCAGAUAAAGAUUUCAACGAGUAUUUAGACAGUAUUCGAAACAACAUGAGGCCCGAAGUCCCUGACUGCCAGUGUUUCCCUCCGGACCAGUUCCCACAGGAACCCGGAUCAUAUUACACUCAUCUGGGAGCUGCUCCUACCUUACCUCAUCUCCGGAGUGACCUGGAACAUCGUACGGGAUACUCCGGAAAAGCAAUCCGAGUCGAGAAGAUCCUGUACACAGGCAAGGAAGGCAAGACAACAGCUGGUUGUCCUCUGGCUAAGUGGGUGAUACGUCGUGGAGGUCCGGAGGAGAAGUUCCUAGUGGUUGUCAAACAUCGGCCGGGACACAGGUGCGCCACCGCGUGGAUAGUAGUCGUCAUGGUCGCAUGGGAAGGUGUUGCUGCCCAGGACGCUGAUCAUAUAUACUCCAUGCUCUCUCACAAGCUCAACAAGUAUGGAUUGCCUACUAUGCGACGCUGUGCUACCAACGAGCCACGGACAUGUGCUUGUCAAGGCCUAGACCAGGACAGUUGUGGCGCCAGUUUCAGUUUCGGCUGUUCCUGGUCCAUGUACUACAACGGCUGCAAGUACGCUCGCAGCAAGAUUGUCAGGAAGUUCCGGCUAUCUGUUAAAACUGAGGAAGAAGAAGUAGAAGACCGAUUACAAGGGUUGGCCGAUAAUCUGUCACCGCUGUACAAGAGUGUCGCUCCAGCGUCGUGGACCAAUCAGGUGCAGUUUGAGAGUGAAGCGUCAGACUGUCGCCUCGGCUCGCGGCCCGGUCGCCCCUUCAGUGGGGUCACAGCCUGUAUUGACUUCUGCGCUCACGCUCAUCGUGACCUGCACAAUAUGAACAGCGGUUGUACAGUGGUGGUAACUCUGACAAAACACCGAAGUCUGAGUAAGCCGGAGGAUGAACAACUGCACGUCCUUCCUCUGUACGUGAUGGACGAAACUGAUGAGUUCGGUAACAGAGAAGCUCAAGUGGACAAAGUGAGGACGGGAGCCAUUGAAAGACUCACCAAAUUUCCUUGUGAAAUUCGUGUUAGAAAAGUCCCACUCUCUUCAUGUAGAAAAAUGGGUAAAAAGAGGAAAGAAGAAGUUGGUGAAUAUGCGAAAAAAACAGGCAAAAGGAACAUGGACAAGAAAAAAGGAAGAAGGAGAAAUUCUGAGGCGAAUUUUCCUCAAGUCCAGGAGGGCCUGGAACCACCUCAUAACUUCCAAGAUCCAAGAUCUCGCUUACAACAACAUCAUGAUCCAAGAUCUUCUCCUUUGCAACAUGAUCAAAGAUCUCCUUUACAUCAAGAUCCAAGAUCUUCUCCUUCAUUUGAUCUUAGAUCUUCACCUUUCCAGCAUGAAGAUCCAAGAUCUCCUUCACAACACCAAGAUCCAAGAUCACGCUUACAACACCAUGAUCCAAGAUCUUCCCCUUUGCAACAUGAUCAAAGAUCUUAUUCUUCAUAUCAUGAUCCUAGAUCUUCACCUCUGCAGCAUCAAGAUAGAAGAUCUCCUUCCCAACAUCAAGAUCCAAGAUUACGCUUACAACAACAUCAUGAUCCAAGAUCUUCAUUUCAUGAUCCUAGAUCAUCACCUUUGCAGCAUCAAGAUCGAAGAUCUCCUUCACAACAUCAAGAUUCAAGAUCUUCCUUACAAUACCAUGACCAAAGAUCUUUCGCACACCAUCAAUAUGUGAGUCCGUCCACUCUACACGAUCAUAACUACUUACACAGGCAGAACUCCAGAUCCUUCACUCCAAAUCAUCCAGAAUCCAAUCACCUUCAAGACUCAAGAACGUCCACGCCCAUCAGCCAUAGAUCUUCCACUCCUACAGAUGGUCAUGAUAGGCUUACCCCUAGAGGGGACAGCAGGAGUACUACACCCACGGGACGAGAUAACUGGAACGUCUCACGAGAUGUCAGAGCUUCCCCCCAUCUAAGUCCGCGAGAUAUGGCAAACAUGUUGGAUAUGGAAGCUCAACUACAAAGUGCACAGGUUUCAUCAACAGUGUUGGACAGUCCUAGAGGAUCAGUACACUCUUGUCCCAGUCCUCAACUUCAACAUCCUAAUGCUCACACCAAUAGUUGGGAAGUGUCGGACCCAGACAGCACUACAAGUCACCUCAGUUCCCCCUCCACCUCCGUCUCUCGCAGUCACGGUUGGUUCUCGGACAGUCACCAAGUGUCUCCAAGGUUGUCUGCUCCCACAGCAAUGUCCCCCUCCAGGUCAGCCGUACCACAACUGUCUCCGUCGUCUGAGUGGUACCACGAGAACUCCUGGGAAAGUCCGUCAGCAUCUCCUCAUCAUUCCCCCUUCAGAGUUCCGAGAGGAAGACCUCCGUCACGCCACUCCACGCCGCAGUCACCCACCGAGUCCACGACCUUCCUCAAACCUUUCCCUCCGAGAGACAAUCAAGAAACACAAAGACAAGAGGUUAAGAGCGAAUUUCCACAAGGUGUUGUCGUCAAAAGCGAAUUCCCCAAUUGGAGUGUUGAGAAACAGAUGGCUUGGAAUGACAGUUUUGUAAAACAGAGUUUUGCGAGUGGAAACCCUCCCGCUGAGAGUAAGAGUCAGGAACAUUCAGGUUACGCUGGGAAUGACUUUCGCAAGACUGUUAUCAAACAGGAAACACAGAGCUGGUCAGAUGGAGAGUGCGGACGCAACGAAUGGUCGAGAGUGGCAGAGGUUCAAGUCAAGAAGGAAGGUCAGAGUCACGGCAACUCAUCAUCUUACGGCUACCAGGGGAUGUCUCAGUUUCAGCUCCCCAGAUGGGACCUGUAUGGACCGACACCAUACGUCCCCUCAGCCGCUGCGGACGCUACGCCUCCUCUGGGGGAGGUCACUGACUUCGUCCAGAACGAGGAGUGCUUUAGAGACUCUCAAAUGGGAGGUGUAGCUAUUGCUCUCGGACACGGCUCAGUGCUGUUUGAAUGUGCGAAACAUGAGUUGCAUGCGACGACAGCGUUGCGCAAACCUGACCGUAAACAGCCGACUCGCAUCAGCCUGGUGUUCUACCAACAUCGCAACCUGAACCAUCCCAACCACGGCUGCCAACAGUGGGAGGAGAAAUGUCGCAUGCGCAAGCUGGGACUCGUCACCUCGGACCCUGCGCCUGUUAAGGCUAUCACGGCGCAUGUCCUUGCGCGAUCUACCACGUUUACCACUACUACCUGGACCACACAGUUCCCCAUGCAUCCGUGUGUAGUCACGGGUCCUUACCAAGAGGGUGGAUCCCAAGGAUGAUGAGGAGUUCCUUAGUCAAAUCGAAAUUCCAAUAUUUGGUUUUUAAUUUAUUUUCAAGUUGUGUGAGACAUACACAAGUUGUGUACAAUUUUUAAAUUUAAUUUUAAGAAUAAUUUACUCUGUAUUUUUUUAGACACGUAUACAGGCUUUAUCUAGUUUUUAAAUCCAAAAGAGCAUAAACAAAGUUUGUGAAAACAUAUCAUAAAACGCAUUGUUUUAAACUAAUAUGCGAUUUAGUAACUUGAUGAAUUAAUUGUGAUCUCUGAUUUCUCAUGUUCAGUAUUUUCCUACUGUCUCAUACCGUUGUUGGGUGCUGACAAAAAUAAUUUAAACUAAUAUUGUCUCUAAAGUGAAACACUGAACAUCUCAUACUUGAUUAGUACAAAAAAACAAUUUUGCUCAGGCACAAAAAAAAUUUCCAAUAACGUUCCUGUCCUAAAUAGUUAUGUUUUGUUGCUUUAAUUUAUAACUGCAUGUGUUCAAGAUAUUUUUUACUGUUGCAAAUAUUUAUAUUUUAUACAAUUUUAAAGUUUUAACUUAUGCUUUAUACAUGAUUGUUUUCUUACGAUUUUAACGGAUAUAUCGAGUUAUGCUGUUGUAAACAGAUAUGUUAGAUUGACGGGGUAAGUUGCGUCUGACGAUCUCAAGCUAACACUCCGAAUGUGUUCAUGUCUAACACCGUAUGAAUGUGCGAAUGUUUGGUUAUUUAUUCCGUGUGAAAGUCGUGUGAUUGUGUUAGCCUUAGUCACCGAUGCCAAAUUCAAGAUCACCUCAGUGGUCGUUGGUUCGUUAGCGUUAAGAGUUGAUUGUAAAUGUUAUGUAAAUACUAAAAAUAGUAUUCCGAGCAUUUAAAUUUUUCACUUUUUAAUUUAUACAAAACCCGUAGACUCUUUAGAAAUUUUACUAGUCACUGUUACAAUUGGUGAAUUGUAUAUUACGUACUUUUUGUUUUCUUCCCACAUCGUCCUCCAACACACACACUCGGGUACAAAUUUGCAAUCAAACGUUUCAAAGACCUAGUGGUGUAGAUAACAUUAUUUAUUCUAGCCUACAGUUCUAAAGUGAUGUAUUGUAAUAUUUUUGUUGAAUUUACUCGGCCUUUGUCAGGUGCGUAGCGUAAGUUGUACAAUAUCAGUGUUUAGUUAAGCUAUUUAUUCUUUAGAGUAGACGACCCAGUACUGAUUAGUUCAUAGGUGAAUGUCUGUAAAAGUUAGAUUUUUAUAACACUUAAUAAUGUUGGUUUUGCAUUUGGACAAUUUUGUAAUGAUACUGCUCACAUGAAGCUGUGUUUACACUGUGAAGCAAAACUGUAUGUAGCGGAUUCGUACGACAUUUAGCUAAGCUAUGUAACUUUUUCUAGGAGUAGAACAGGUUUUAUCUAAAUGUGCUAUAAAACACUGCUAUAAGUUUUAGAUUCUGCUUUAUGCAGGGUGCCCCAUAAUGCUGUAUGUGGAAGAAAUCUGUGCUGCAAUCUUAUGAAGAGUAAGGCAUCCCAUAAUCUGGUGUAUUUUCUUUUCAGUACUGAGGUUAAAAAUUGACAUACAUUAGCAACAUUAGCGUUCAAAAUCAUCAUUUGAUAUCCUUAAAUGAAUUGGUCACACUGUAUUUAAUUCUUAAUGUGAGCAAAAUCCAAACCGAAAUCCUUUCCUGUGACAUGCUAAAAUUGUACAGCUGCCAUGAAUACUAAAUAUCUUCACUGCAAAGAUUUGAUAUCAGGUUUGUAGUAUAUUUUUUGCGUACAGCUAUUACUAUUGGGCAGCAGAGUUUCUAAAAUCUUCUUUACAGUAAAUCGUUACAUAGCAGUGUUUAAUAGCAAAGAUGUACAACAGUACAGGUUUUGCUACAUAGCGUAAACGCGGCUUAUUCGUUGCAUCGCUCGAGUAUUUCCCUCAAACAUUAGAACUUGGUGCAAAUAUUAACUGAUGUUUUACAUCAAUAUUUGUACCAGUGUCACUGAAUCAAUGUACCAGGGAUUUAUCUAUAAAUUCAUAGAACAGUGUUUGUGCCUUCAAAUUAUAUUAGUUUAACAAAAUUAUUUUUAACACUUCUUAUCAAAACUUCUCAGCAUGUAGUUUUUUUAUUUUGAAAAAAUUACUUUUUAGAAUUUUUAAGUGUUGUAUUAAAUUUAAUAAUCAAUCAGUAUCAACAAUUUUCCAAAAAUUACAUAUUCAACUUAAAAUACAAAAUUUAAACUUUUGAUGUACUUUUACUCAAUAACGGCUACAAGAAGCAAAUAUUUGGAAAAUAGUUUUCUUUGAUGGAACGAAAACUUGGAAAACGUACUAAAGUGAAACACUUGGUAUGACUUUAAGGUGUGUUGUGUUUUAACCUUAAACAUAAUCAUGAUACAUAAAAGAGCUGUAAAAUCCCUGGUACACUGAGCACACCCUCCUUGUAUUUGAGUCAUAGAUUUUAUACAUUGUUACAAGCGUGUGAAACAAAAUCUACUAUCUUUUGUAGACCUCCAAAGUAAUAUUUUAAAUAAGUCGCUUGCCUUGCUGAAAGAAGAGUAAUUUUUACACAUAAAUUAUGAAAAAAUCCAAAAAAAUAAAAGUAAAAGCAAUAUAUAAACAGUGUUUGUAUCGUGAUGUGAUGUUUUGUGACUUGUGUAGCCAGUACAAACAAACGGGCCCAAUUUCGGGUUGAUUUUCUACUAACUCAUUUUCUGUACAAAUGUAGAUUUAGAACUGCGUUAAAGACAUAUAAAACAAACAUGUUAAUAUAUUUCUACAGCCUGUAAUAUAUAUGGUAUAUUUUUGACAUGUUUUGUCACAAAAAGUUAUCUAUCAAAAGUGUUGUCCUUUUUACUUUAAAAGUAUUACGAAAGUUUUAAAAUGUAAUGGAUAUUAGAAUUUUUAAAGUAACUUUUGUACAAAUUUUGUUGGCCGAAUCGGAGACUAUUUGAUAUUUGCCGAGUCUUCCCUGGCUGCUGUUGUUUUUAUCACGAUUGUUCAAAAGAAUUUCUCAUUAGAUUAAGUGAAUGUAUUUUUACACUUGAGUUUGUGAGUAGCUUUUACUAGUGUUAGCCUGUAGUAGAGUAGAUCAGUACAUUGUCAUUGUUUUCAUGUGAAUAUAAUAAAUACAUUUUGUCGA